AUCGUACAUGCUCAAGUUAUACUGAGUUGCCAACAUUUCGUUCCUAUUGAGGUUUGGCGCUCCAUGAUGUACACUUUACUAUGAGGUCGAUAGAGAUGAUGAACACUAGUCUAGUAGCGGCGCCUGGAUACAGUUACCAUGAGAACGCCACGCCCGAAUGGUUAAAGGGCCCAUGUCCCCGGACUGACAACUUCACCAGUCCAAGCUGGAAUUGGUUUCUGUGUAUAAGUGUCAUAAACACCCCUCUAGCGUCUUUUCUGGACCGAUACGUCACUCCCAUGUGGCUGGUCAUUGGGUUUGUUGGCAAUAUAAUAACGAUGAAAAUUUGGUCACAUCGACGUAUGAAGCACAUCAACACUUCUGCGCUGUACCUGACAGCGUUGGCGGCGACCGACCUUCUGUUAUUGUUCCUCUACAUCCAACGUUACCUCCAUUUUACCUGGGGACUUCCCACUAUCGACGUUCCAGUUUGGUGUCCUACUUUCUUCGUUUUUUAUAUGUUUGCUCAAUACAUGAGUCCAUUGCUCGUGUUUGGCUUCACAACAGAACGUUUUGUAUCUAUUGUCAGACCAUUUAAAAGUGAACGGUUUUCCAGGCACCACCGAGCACCCAAAGAAAUAAUUGCCAUAGCGCUGUUUGCUUUCGGAUUAUCUCUACCCCAGGCACACGGCUGGGUAUACAAAGAUUCUGCAUGUGGCGGGUCCCAAACAAAGUUCUUCGAGUAUUGGACAUGGAUCACGGAUGUACUUUUAUUCUGUGUAGUACCUAUCGCCACUUUCUUUCUCAAUAUGUUUGUCCUUAAAGUCGCAUCGAAAGCAACAAAAGUGCGUCGAGAGUCUACCUGCCGUCAGGAAAAUGAUUCUUUGCGAUCACGACGCUCCAAAAUAGCUCCGUCUACAGUAACGCUGCUGUGUAUAUCUUUUUAUAGAAUAUUUACGACCCUUCCAGUGGCUAUAUUGUUUGCUCUACAGUUCAGUGUUCCGGAAGGAUCUUAUCACGUUCCGGUGUACGAAAUGAGCCUUGAUCCUCAGUGGCGGGACUACUUUUCGUGGUACACGGCUAAGACAAUUAUCGACACUAUUGGUUUGUCACAAUAUUCGUGUAACAUAUUUAUAUAUUUAAUGACAGCCAGGCAUUUCAGACACGAAUUCAUCAACACUUUCCGUAUCACAGCGUGUUGUGGUCCUGCGGAAAAACCGGGAAGUUUCCAUCGACACACCUUCCUCACAAAUGGCGCUGGUUACGGCGGAGCGUCAACGCGAAUUACAGAAACAGAUAUGUGAGCAACUAUUGGAUCUGUCGGUAGGACCAAUGUCAUGAACGGAUCUCAGAACGGAUAUCCGAACGUGUAUUUGACCAAAUAUAUUAUUACAGAUCAUAUGUCUGAUGACUGUAUCGUUUUAUACCAAUGUGAUAGAUAUUCGGAGGCAGUGAUAGUUAACUAAGAUAUACAUCUGGUGUGAAGGAGCAUGUUGUCAGAAUGAUGUCUUUCCCCUCGAAAUCUAAUGUCGCUGAGCAAGUAAAAGUGUGAAAUUCCAGUACAUGUUAUUUUGUACCUGAAAAAGGUAGUGCGACGUUUAUCAAUGUUGGUGAUCAGACGUAUCUUGAUGGUAAUUUUGGGCACUGUGUUUGAUGUUGAAUUUACAAACAAAACAUCCCCGGCAUUCUCAAAGGAUAUGUACGUGGCCGGUGUGUAAAUGUAGAGUUGUUUUGGUAUUUAAGAUUAAAGUUUUAAAUAAAUCACUGAUGUUUGACGUCAAAUAAUCGUGGUGAUUUGGUGCAUAUAUUCAGUGGAGAGGACUGCUUUUAAGAUACAUGUAAUAAGUAUAACUUCAUGGAGAGGCCACUAAACUGGUUUAUUUUACAUAAAAAGUACUUUUAACUUCUGUGAUUUUCAAUUUAUCUGUAUUAAGGACUACAAAAUUCGGAAUACACUGACUUUGAUUCAGACUUUUAAGUCUCGAACACUGAUUGAAUCUUUGGCCAGUUUAUUGAUGUUAAAUGUAUUCCAUAUAUAUCUAUAUAUAGUAAUAACAUAACGACCAACCAAAAUAGGAUAUUUAAAUUCACUUUUGAAGUGUGUGAAGCAGAAAUUUACUAAAUCAUAUCAAAUGAAAUAUAUAUCUAUAUAUAUGAUUAAGCUCAAAUGUUGGUAUACAUGUAUAUUACCAGGUCACGUGAUGCUACGUAAUAAAUCAUUACAU